AUGUCUAAUAUUCGAAUAGAUUUAGUUCAAGCAACACUUAUGAGAGCACAUGCAUCAUUCGAUCAUGGUGACUUCCACGAAGGAUAUGAAUUUACGCAACAAAUAAUUCUUACUGACGAAUCUCUAACAGAAGAAGAAAAAACUGAUGCAAUAAGAGAAAAUAAUAAACAUUAUGACCGAGAUAAAAUUUUUUAUAAUUCAGGAACAAGAAGAAUUUGUGAAAAUUGUAACCAGAAAUGUUUAGCUACAUUGUAUUGUGAAUAUUGUGUUCGAAAUUAUUUAAAAGCAAACUUCUCAAACUGGACAUCUGGAAAUAAUAAUAUUGAUAAUUUAAUAAAGAAUUGUCAAUUAGAAACACUUUCCUCAGAUAACACAAUUGAAUGGAUCCCAUAUAAUAAUCUAGAAAAUAUUAAAUAUCUAACAAAAGGUGGAUUCUCUAAUAUUUAUACAGCAAAAUGGAUUGAUGGUGGAUAUGAAGAAUGGGAUUCUAAAGAACAACAAUUAUUAAGAUUUGGAGCUCAUAGUGUAAUACUUAAAGAAUUAGGAAAUGUUGAAGAUGCAAACCAAAGCUGGUUUGAAGAGGCUAAAUCACAUCUUACUAUAGGCAACAAGCUCACUGCAAUUAUUAAAUGUUACGGUAUAACACAAAAUCCAUCAAAUGGUAAUUAUAUGCUUGCAAUAGAACCGUAUGAUAUGAAUUUAAGAGAAUAUUUACAACAAUAUCAUAAUCAACUUACAUGGGAUAAAAGAAUUAGAAUUACUUUUGAAAUAAUUGAUCAUCUUUAUUAUAUUCAUAGAGAAAAUUCAAUUCAUAGAGAUUUACAUUCUAGAAAUAUAUUAUAUUCAAAUUUUAAUGAUUGUUGGCGUACUAGUGAUCUUGGAUUUUGUGGUCCUGCAGACAAAUUAUCAACAAAUAUAUAUGGAAAUCUUCCUUACAUAGCUCCUGAAGUUAUUAGUGGAAAAGGAUAUACUUUUAAAUCUGAUAUUUACAGUAUUGCAAUGCUUAUGUGGGAAAUUUCAUUUGGACAACCUCCAUUUAUGAAUUAUGAACAUGAUUGUAUUCUUGCACUUAAUAUCAUUGAUGGUAUAAGACCAAAAAUUAUAUCAGAAAUUCCUUCAAAAUAUAAAAGUUUAAUGGAACAAUGUUGGGACGCUAAUCCAUUAAAAAGACCAGAUGCUCAUGCACUUUUGAAAAAAAUCAGAGAAAUUAAUUCAUAUUAUCGAAAUAAUCCAAAUGAAUUACCUCAAUUAAUAGCAAAGAUAGAAAAAAAAACAAGCAAUAUUUUUAGUAGUAAAUUAUUUACAAGUAAAAUUUAUAAAUUUGAAAAUUUACCUGAACCAAAAAAUGCAACAAAAGAAGAACAAGAAGCAUUUUAUACCAGUAGUAAAUUAUAUGAUUUUAGUAUUUCUGAUAAUUCUAGUAUUUUUAGCACAAUAAGCAAUCAGUAUACAUCAAUUAAUUUAAAAAAUCGUAAUGAAGAUAAUGAUAAAGAAUCAUCCAGAUUAUUUAAAAAAUUGAAAAUGGAGAAUGAAACAAUACAACAAGAACCAAAUGUUGAUAUUAUUGAUGAAGAUGAAGUAUAUAAUAAUAAUCCAAAAUUUCAUUUAGAAGAACAAGAUGAGUUGAAGAUUUCCGAUGACGAUUUCAACAAACUAAAUUAA